AUUGUUUUCCUACCUUGCUCUUCCAUUCUUCAUCUCUACAGCAGUCCAAGAUGGCGCGGAGCACUCACGAUACGACUAGCGACAGGAUAUCUGGCGAUGCGGCCGAUAAGAAGAAUGCCAUCGAAUACCUGGACGAGGCAGAGGAUGUGGACAACAAGCAACCUGGUGGUCUCGUGCCACCGCCUCUGGUGCAAGCCAUGAGUCCGGAAGAACGAGCAAUACGCGAGAAGAAGCUUCGCAGGAAGAUUGAUGCGAGACUGCUGCCUCCAGUGAUCAUCAUGUACAUCUUGAACUAUCUGGACAGGAACAACAUCGCCACAGCGCGAAUAUCCGGAACGCCUAGUCUUGAAGAGGACCUGGGCCUCACUAAUUCGCAAUACCAAACCUGCGUCAGCAUUCUGUUCGUUGGGUACAUUCUCAUGCAAGUUCCGAGCAACUUGUUUCUCAACAAGGUUGGCAAGCCGGCGCUGUUCCUACCAGGGGCAAUGGUUAUCUGGGGCAUCAUUUCCCUUUGCACAGCGGCUGCAAGAAACUUCACCGACUUGGUUGUCAUUCGAUUUUUCCUCGGGUUUGUAGAAGCCGUUUACUUCCCUGGCUGUCUGUUCUUCUUGUCUUGCUGGUAUACGAGGAAAGAGUUGGCCUUCCGCUCGGCUAUUCUUUACUCCGGAUCCCUGAUUUCUGGUGCCUUUGCUGGACUGAUUGCUGCCGGCAUUACUGAUGGCAUGGAUCAGAAGCUGGGUCUGCCAGCGUGGAAGUGGCUAUUCAUCAUCGAGGGCGCCGUCACUGUCGCGAUUGCCGUAAUCUGCUUCUUCAUCCUACCCAAUUUCCCCAGGACCACGAAAUGGUUGACCGAAGAGGAAAAGCAAUUGGCAGUUUGGCGACUUCAAGAGGACAUCGGAGUGGACGACUGGACCAGCAGUGAGGAUCAGUCCUUCUUCCACGGGUUCAUCCUUGCUCUCAAAGACAUCAAGGUCUGGAUACUUAUGCUCAUGCUGCUCGGCGUCGUGUCCGCGGCGUCAGUAACAAACUUCUUCCCCACCGUGGUCCAGACCCUCGGCUAUAGCAAGACCAAUACGCUCUUGCUCACAGCUCCUCCAUAUGUGCUCGCCGUCUUCUGCGCUUUCGCAACCGCCAUACACGCCGACAAGACUGGAGAACGGUUCUUGCACGUUAGCCUUCCGCUGCUGGGCGGCAUCGCCUCCUUUGUUCUUGCGGCUGCCACAACCGCCGUCGCUCCGCGCUACGUUGCAAUGAUGCUUAUGCUUCCUACGGUGUACUCAUCUUACGUGAUCAUCCUAUCCUGGAUUUCGAAUUCGAUCGCACGACCUCCUGCAAAGCGUGCAGCGGCACUGGCGGCAAUCAAUGCCGUGUCGAACGCGUCGCAGAUUUACGCGUCGUACAUGUAUAUUGGAGGACCUAGGUACAUCAUUGCGUUCUCGGUGAACUGCGGAACCUUGGUGAUGUCGAUCAUCAUGGCAGCUGUGUUGAGGGUCGUGUUGGUACGUGCCAACAAGAAGCUCGAUCAAGGGGAAGCGGUUGAGGCUGCUGUGUCUGGGGCAAAUGCUGGCGAAGCCCAGGCCAUGAGAAAGGGAUUCCGAUACCUGGUCUAAAUUUGGGAUACGAGCGGUAUUGAUGAGUGUAGACUGUUAGCACUGCAAAGCGCGCCAGUCGCCGUUGCGGAUUCAUGGCGAUGCUCAAAUGAAAAAGGAGAUGUCGAAGUCAAGCUGACUCCGGGUCCAUUUGGGACGCGUCCUUCGUUCACCAAAAAAAAUCCCUUCAAGACACCGGCACGUUUCUGGUGUUGCGAAAUGUGUGUUAUUUGCAAAUGGUCUGAACUGUUAGCUCGGACCUCGAGUGCUGACGGAUCGACAAGGCAUUCAUCUGACUGUCUGCUCGGAUCGUCGCGAACGAAGCCUGCAUUGUUCACAGUGGUUGCGAAUGCAUUGUGGCAAUUGAGUCGGGUUGACUGAUUAGCAUCCUCUGCUCAAUCAAUGAGGAGGGGCGAGUGCGACGAUUGAAUCAAUUGCUCAUGUCGUUGGGUCUUGUAGUUGUCAUGUCGGUGGUCGGGGAGUGCAGACGAAGCGGGGCGA